UUUUAGCAACGGAAGUCCUUAUUUUCAUGUUCCGUUGAUUUCUGCUUUUUGAGGUUCGCUUUCAUCGAGAAGAAGUCAAAACAUUUCCAUUUAAAAUGACAUAGUCCUACGUGUUCAAGAUGUCUAACACCAAACUACUGCAGUUACGGAGCUUUUUAACGGAGCGCUUUUCUGCUGUGGCCGCGGAGAUAUUUGGAGAAAUCGAAACUGUAGUGGAGGCGUGUAAUGAGGAAAACAAACGCCUGCGGGAUGUGUUGCACAUGGUGCUUAACCCCGAGAUAAAGUUAUCAAAGAUAGAUGUUGGCCAAUACACUGGAGCAACAGAUGAGCCCUCUAAGCUGAACUCUAGGCAGGACCAGGAAACACCAGAGCCACUGCCUAAAAAAGUUAAAGAAGAGAAUAUUGAAUAUGACAUAAAUUGGGGAUCAGAACAACAACAAGGGCCGGGGGAAGUUAAUAACUUUAUUACCCCAGAGCGUGUGAAAACUGAAACCGAAGAAGAAAACGCAAGCAUGCCCUUCAUCACUAACUCAUUUCAUAUCACAGGUGUUGAGUUCAAUCCCAACUCUUCAGGUACUGAUGAAGAGAAGGACAGUUACCCACCGGACUUGGAUGCAAUCACAGAUUACCCACAGAUAUCCAGCAUGAAUGAAACUCAGGAACCUCAAAAACAUUAUAAAAUGUCAACAAGAAGCUUAACGAAGCCAAAGUUGUCCCUGCAGAAAACGAUGCUAGAAUUACCAAGAAUGGUGCCGCACCAAUCUGUCGCUCCUACCUCAACUGACUGCCAGUCCUUUUUGGCAAGGCUCACCGAAGCCUUCAAGGAUUUUCCAGAUGACAAGAAGCCUCUGAUAACCAAAAUGGGCCUCACAAAUAAUGUGGAAUUAGUGGACUGUGUAUUGGGUAAAGUCCCUAAAGGUAGCCCCCUGUCCUACCAGUGCCGCGUGCCAUCAGGUCGGGAUUACAAGAUUUAUGACGAUGCUCCCCCCCGGCCUCUGCUUCCCCUGGCUAACCACAGUCUGGAGCCAUUGUUGGCUCUUCCUAUCCUCAGUGUGAGGGAGCAGGAACACAUUGACGUCAUGCAGAUCACCUGGGAGGCAGCACGCAGUCUGGAGCACUCCACACGUGGACGCAAGGAGGCAGUAGAGGAGCUGCGAAAUCUGCGCCUGACAAGCCGUUUCAGGGAGAUCUGCAAUCUUAAACCAGGAAUGAGCAAUGCGGAGCACCUGAUAUUCAAGAUGCGGAAAGGAUUCCACAGGGGCAAGGCGGCUCAGAUAGAGGACGAGAUGAAGGCCGAAGCACUCCGGGAGUACUGUAAGCAUUUGUGCGUCAACUGGUCCACCUGCGGUUUGGUUGUCCAUCCGAAUGCUCCGUGGCUGGGGGCGCUGCCUGACGGGUUGGUGUACGACCCCAAGGAGACACCCAGUUACGGGCUGGUGCAUGUCAAAUGCAUUGGGGACCGGAGCUUCGUCGAGUGCAAUUUCCUGUUCUAUCAGGACGGAGUCUUGCAACUGAAGAGGACCCACUCGACCUACUGGCACAUCCAAGGAGAGAUGAUGGUGACGGGCACGGAGUGGUGUGAUCUGUUGGUGUUCUCCAAAGAAGACAUGCUGGUUCAUCGCAUCUACCGAGACACGGCUAUCAUCAAGGUCAUGAAGAAGAAGUUAGAUGAUUUCUUUUUCUAUUACUACCUGCCAUGUCUGUUUAAAACAGAUGGCAUGGUUUGAGUUUUGUCACACUUCUGUCGUACAGUACUCGCUGUUCCCCUCAGGUCGUGAGUUUUAACAAAUAGCAAGCUACUUGAACGUGAUUAAUGAAAAACUACUGGCCUCAUUUGCAUGAAACUUGGUGGAAGGGUGUAGCAUGGGCCAAGGAAGAACCACUGUUGAGACAGCCAGAUCCCUGAUGCAAUUCAAAGCUUAAGUUUAUAUUUGCCAUCUUUCCCCUUCUUACUACUCUCCAAAGCUGCCCUGUUGUAGGACUGCACCGUCUGUAAAUAUUCUUUUUUUAUUAUUAUUGAUUAAUCUGCUGAUCUUUUAAGUGUCAGAA